AGCGCGCAAGCCACAGCUCUUUGUCGUGCCCCUGGGUCUGCAGGCGGUUUCAGAGAGUGAACUCAGCUUUGAACGAGCAGGAGGUCUGCAUAGUCGCCUGACUCGUCUUAACUUCUGGUGCUCUUGUGAAGUUGGAAGUCGACCGGUUUCAGCUUGCGUGCCAAACAUUAUACAAAGAUGUCAUAUAUUCAACUGUUAGCUUUGUUUGGAGCUCUGGUGCUCACUUCGAGAGCGCAAACUGUUGACCCUCUCGUUGGACCUCCUGGCGAAAAAGGGGAUAAAGGAGACAGUGGUUCUCAGGGACCGGCUGGACCCCCUGGACCCCCUGGAGUUGGUGGUGAUGGAUUUAUAGGCGGCGAUGGAAAAGGACCUGUUGGUGGCGGAGUUGGCGCUCCUGGACCUAUGGGACCACCCGGACCUCCAGGACCUAGAGGACAAACUGGCAGAGCAGGCGACCCCGGCAGACAAGGUGCUCUUGGACCACAAGGAACACCUGGACCCCCUGGACUUACAGGAGUAGUCGGACCUCCAGGUCCAGCAGGAAAACCUGGAACUUUGGGACAAACCGGUGAAGCUGGACCACCCGGCCCUCCUGGAUCAUCAGGACAGAAGGGUCCCCCAGGACGUGAAGGCUUGCCUGGACCUGCUGGCCAGAAAGGACCAAUGGGAGCACGUGGUGUUGAUGGAGUACCUGGAACGCCUGGAAUGGAUGGAACUAAAGGACAACGGGGAGAAACUGGACCACAGGGACCACCAGGCCAACCUGGUGCACCGGGAGCGAGAGGUGAAACCGGCCGAAACGGACAAACAGGAUCUCCAGGAGCAAAUGGAAAGGAUGGACCUCGUGGACCCCAGGGUAUGCCUGGCCCACAAGGAGGUCGUGGCGCGCCCGGACCAAUGGGUUUACAAGGAUUGAAGGGAGAUCGAGGUGCAACUGGCGUGGCAGGAGCGAGAGGAGAAGUUGGACCUUCUGGUAACAAGGGGUCAGAUGGAUCGCAAGGAAGAGAUGGAAAAGAUGGAAACCCUGGAAGUUCUGGUUCAUCUGGUGAGCCGGGACGUAUGGGACCACCUGGAUCUCGUGGCGUAACCGGGCAAACCGGAGCUGUGGGAGCAAGAGGACCUAUUGGUCAACCUGGUACUGAUGGUGAACGCGGAGAACGUGGUUAUCCUGGCGUGAUGGGAGCAAAAGGUUCACAAGGCGGUCCUGGUAUAAAUGGUGCUGUUGGUCCGCCAGGACCUGCUGGACCAGCUGGCGAGAGAGGACGACAAGGCAAACGUGGUUUCACUGGAGCAACAGGUGAACAAGGUCCAGUUGGUCCCAAGGGUCCAGCUGGCAACCCUGGUAGAGAUGGAGUGAAUGGUGGUCAAGGACCAAAGGGCUCUAAAGGUGAUCGUGGUGAAAUUGGAUUGACGGGAGGAAGAGGCAACCCUGGAAGAAACGCACAAGACGGCAAGCCUGGUGUAAACGGACAAAGAGGAGUACCUGGUCGGGACGGACUUAGUGGUAAAGAUGGUCAACCUGGACGAGAUGGAACACCCGGCCAAGAUGGCGGCCCUGGCGCUCGUGGAAUCGCCGGACUUCCUGGUCCAGCUGGACCAAUUGGAGCACCUGGACCUGCUGGACAGAAGGGAGACCAAGGACCCGCAGGUCCACAGGGACCCCAAGGAUCUCCUGGAAAUCGCGGAGCACCGGGUCCGGCUGGUUCUGACGGUUCUGGUGGAAUCAAGGGAGAACGUGGCAUCAGAGGUCCUGCUGGUUCAUCUGGUGUUCCUGGCCGCGAUGGUGCUGUGGGAUUAGAUGGCGCUACAGGUAAUGAUGGAGCAAAGGGAGCCAAGGGAGAACCGGGCAGUGACGGUGAUGAUGGUGUAAAUGGUGCACCGGGUGAGAAGGGCGAUCGAGGACAACCUGGUCUUCAGGGAAGAAGAGGUACCGACGGAAAUAAGGGGGAGAGAGGUCAACCUGGAUUCCGUGGUGAUGAUGGCACUAAAGGAAACACUGGAGACAGAGGAUUUACCGGACCACCUGGACGGCCAGGAACAGCAGGAUCCCCAGGAAACAAAGGAGACCAAGGUGGUCCAGGCCCAGAAGGAGGGUCAGGAGCACCUGGAGUUCCAGGAAAUAACGGUGAAGAUGGACUUCCAGGCAACCAAGGAGCAAAAGGUGAACCAGGACCUACAGGACCUAAGGGAGAACCAGGUGUAGAGGGAGCGGAAGGUAAGCCUGGUCAACAAGGUAACCCAGGGAAAGUUGGACCAGACGGUGGUGAUGGACCACAGGGACCUGCCGGACCACAGGGACCACCCGGACCUCCAGGACCAAGCGGUCCACAAGGUGUGCCAGGUGACUUAGGACCUCCAGGCACUGAAGGAUCGAAAGGAGAGGAGGGAGGACGAGGCCCACCAGGAAGUGACGGCUCAGGGGGACAAAAUGGAGUGGAUGGACCCCCUGGUGAAAAAGGCGCUAAAGGAGGACAGGGUCCACCUGGUGCACGAGGUCAAGCAGGUGGUCCAGGUCCCAGAGGAAUAGUGGGACCACCAGGACCUUCAGGAAAAGAGGGUGACCGUGGAGCAGCUGGAGACCCUGGGGAUCGUGGUGGUGAUGGACCUCCUGGACCAAUAGGAGCUCAAGGACCACCCGGUAACAACGGACAUGAUGGCACUCCUGGCAACGACGGACGUGAUGGUGACCCGGGUCAGAAAGGAGCUCCAGGUCCAGCUGGAAUGAUGGGACCUCCUGGACCACAGGGAGUGCAAGGCAUACGAGGUGUAAAGGGACCAGCAGGAGAGAGAGGAACCCCGGGCCCAAUGGGACGAGCCGGAAAGAAUGGACAAGACGGAGGACGAGGACCACCCGGAUCCCAAGGAGCUACUGGCAUUCCAGGAAAUCGAGGAGAUGACGGCCAAGCUGGAUCUGACGGAAAGGCUGGACCUCCAGGACCUGCUGGAGAGAGAGGAGACCGUGGAGCUCCAGGUGAUCAAGGACCACCAGGACCUGCUGGUCCUGUGGGGCCGACUGGAGUGCCCGGCCCAGCUGGUACACAAGGAUCGACUGGUCCACCAGGAGCCUCAGGCAGACAGGGACAGAAGGGAACUCGGGGUGCAUCAGGAUCUGAUGGAUCGGCUGGAAGAGUUGGUGAUCGUGGAGAACCUGGUACUGCUGGUGCAGACGGACGGGCAGGAGACAAAGGUUUCCCAGGUGAAACCGGACCACCAGGACCUCCAGGUUCAGCAGGACCCAUUGGACCAACGGGACGGGACGGAAGUCGUGGAGACCGUGGAGAACGCGGACCACAGGGAGAACGCGGAGCACCAGGAGAGCCAGGACAGACUGGAGCACAAGGCGUUGCAGGACCUGAGGGCCCACGUGGUACUCCUGGUGAGCAUGGACAACCCGGACCUCCUGGACCUCCUGGACCCCCUGGACCUCCCGGAAAGAGCCAUGCGUCUGCAGCAUAUGUUGUUCCCGCACCAUCAACACACAAGAAGCAUGACACUGGAACUUACUAUAAGGGUAAAGACGGAACCGACGAAACAGAAGCAUCACAGACUGUCACUGAAGAAUCCCCAGCAUUCGACAUUCUCUAUCUCUAUCAACCAGAUGGCUUGAGCAUUAGCAGUCCUGCUCGCUGCCCACAGGACUUGUACUUGACAGACCCAUCAAUUAUUGAUAGUCAAUACUAUAUUGAUCCCAAUCUUGGAUCACAGAAGGAUUCAUUCCGAGUACAAUGUAACUUUGGUGCGAAAACGGCAAACGUGGCUCCAUCAAACAACGUUGGCCAAAUCAGCAGUGGAAUGAGGAUAAAUGGUGGAGAUAGAGAGUUCAAAUUUGAAGCAGACCGGAGACAGCUUAGAUCUUUCCUGCAAACGUGCAGCAAUGGGUGUGCACGACAAAACUUUACCCUCCACUGCCCACAGGCAAUUGAUCUGACGGACAGUGCUAGUAAACUAGUGUUCUACUAUCGACAAUCACAUUGUUCAAGUUACAUGAAAGAAACGAUUUUGGAGGAUACAUGCCACCCAGAACGAUUCAGUGAAAAUGGACAAAUUGUAUUUGAGCUAUUCACUAACGAACACGAGCAAUGUCUUCCGUACGUCGACGUCCGUUUGAAAUCGAGUGCAAUGCCAGAAGUGAACUUCGAAUAUACUGUUGGGGACCUGCAGGUGUGCUUGUAGGCUGUCAGCUCAGUUGAUCGAACUCAUCCAUAUCAGAGGGGAAAUUAAGUGACAUCUUGUCUACGGGGCACUCUUGUACUGCUCGUUUUCUACUACUUUAGGUCGCAUUUUCCGUCAUUUGUGAAAUUAAGUAAAGCAUUUGUCCUGUGUCCCACGUUUUUGCUUGGUUCCAUGUCGGUCGGGCUAGGGUUUUGAGGCUCGUGCCUGUUUUCGACCAGAACUGCUAUUUAGUGUAUGCACCUAGUGGAACUGUUCAUACCCCGUCAUGUUUAUUGUGUGGCAAGUAUCACGUUGUAUAGAACUUGCUCAAUGUUGUGAGAAUGUGCGCAAGAAAAUGGUGUCUGGGUAUGGCAGGCCGUGUGCUGGA